AUGUCUGAACAAGUCAACAAGGUCGCUGAGGAGCUCAAGGAGCUGAAAACCGACGACGUCAAGGCCGAGGCCGCUGCCCCCGAGGCCGAGGUCGUGCUGGGUGCCGAUGGCCAGCCUCUGUCUAAGAAGGCUCUCAAGAAGCUGCAGGCCCAACAGGAGAAGGAGCGAAAGAAGGCAGAGACCGCGGCCCGACUGGCCCGAGAGAAGGCCGAGCGAGAGGCCAAGGAGGUCGACUACGCCACCGCCAACUACGGCGUGCUGCCCAUGAUCCAGUCCCGAGAGGAGGACAAGACCGGUGUCAAGCGGGUCCAGAUCAAGGACCUCAACAAGUCCAUGGGUGGCCAGGAGGUUGUGUUCCGAGCCCGAGUCCACACUUCCCGUCUCCAGGGCAACAAGAUGUGCUUUGUGUCGCUCCGACAGCAGUCUGCCAACGUCCAGGGUCUGCUGACCGUCAACGCCGACUCCAUCUCUAAGCAGAUGGUCAAGUUUGCCGGCUCCGUCUCUCUGGAAUCCAUUGUGCUCGUCAAGGGUACUGUUGUCGAGUCUCCUGAGCCCGUCAAGUCCGCCACCAUCCAAGACGUUGAGAUUGCCAUCUCCCAGUUCUUUGUGAUUUCCAAGGCCCCCGAGCAGCCUCCUAUUCUGAUUGAGGACGCUUCUCGAUCCGAGGCUGAGGCCGAGGCCGCCGGUCUGCCCGUCGUCAACCUCGACACCCGACUCGAUGCCCGAUGCAUCGAUUUGCGAACCGCCACCAACCAGGCCAUCUUCCGAAUCCAGCACGGCGUCUGCCAGCUGUUCCGGGAGUUCCUGGUCUCCAAGGGCUUCAUUGAGAUCCACACUCCCAAGAUGAUUGCCGCUGCCUCUGAGGGAGGAGCCAACGUCUUCAAGCUCAACUACUUCAAGGGCGACGCCUUCCUGGCCCAGUCCCCCCAGCUGUACAAGCAGAUGCUCAUGUCCGGCGACUUUGAGCGAGUGUUCGAGAUUGCCCCCGUCUUCCGAGCGGAGAACUCCAACACCCACCGACACAUGACCGAGUUCACCGGUCUCGAUCUGGAGAUGGCCUUCGAGGAGCACUACGACGAGGUCAUUGACGUGCUGUCCGAGCUCUUCAUUUUCAUCUUCUCCGAGCUGAAGAAGCGAUACGGCAACGAUAUUGCCACCGUGCGAAAGCAGUACCCCGUCGAGGAGUUCAAGCUGCCCAAGGACGGAAAGAUGGUCAAGCUGCCCUUCUCCGAGGGUGUCAAGCUACUGCGAGAGGCCGGCAAGGACGUCGGCGAUUACGAGGAUCUCUCCACCGAGAACGAGAAGCUGCUCGGAAAGAUUGUCCGAGAGAAGUACGACACCGACUUUUACAUUCUCGACAAAUUCCCUCUGGCCGUGCGACCUUUCUACACCAUGCCCGAUCCCGAGAACCCCAACUACUCCAACUCCUACGACUUCUUCAUGCGAGGAGAGGAGAUUCUGUCUGGAGCCCAGCGAAUCCACGACCCCGAGUUCCUCAAGCAGCGAAUGGCUGCCCACGAGGUUGAUCCCGAGUCUUUGGGUCUUAAGGACUACGUCGAUGCUUUUGCUUACGGCGCUCCCCCUCAUGCCGGUGGAGGUAUCGGUCUUGAGCGAGUCGUCAUGUUUUUCCUUGAUCUUAAGAACAUUCGACGGGCCUCUCUCUUCCCUCGAGACCCUCGACGACUUCGACCUUAG